GCUCCGAGCAACAGGCGGGACCCCUCGGACCCGCGACCUUUCAACCCGGCCUCCCGAACCAGCCACCUAGAGCAGGGAAGCCGGAAAGAGAAAGAAGAUACACUGGCAAGUUCUAGAAGGAUUCUACCAUUUCUUCUUUACCCUUGAAGAGGCUUGAAAAUUAAUGGAUAACCUUUCCCAUGAAAUUUUUUGAAUGUCUUUUCUUAUCUGGAAGGCCUUCUGUGGAGAAUUACUAGGAGGUUGAAUGCGUGCAUCGAUAAAAUGGAUCAUCUUAAAGGAUUGCAGUUCCAAAAAUACAUCAGCAGGACUGGACAGGUUUGGCAUAAUGAGAUUUCUAUUUUAGCUUGAUUUCUGGAACUGAAUACACCAUAAACUGAGCUGCACAAGGUCUGAGAAAGAAGUUUCUCUUCUAAGACAUUCUAGUUGUAUAUAACAUUUUUCUCCUUCAAAUCGUUUUGAAAAAAUAUAGUUAUUAGCUUUCUGAGAAAUGAAACUAUUAGACAUUCUCAACUUUUGAUACAUGAAGUAAGAUAAAAAGCAAAAGUCUGUGUCAUACUAAAAAAACAGGUUUAGAGAAACAGCCCCUUGGCAGCAAGUGGAGAAAUCACGGCCUCUGCCCUGGUUGAGAUGGCAGAAGCUCCUGGCGUUGCCUCACCUCCGCCUGGAACAGUGAAGAAAAAGAAGAGUCUGUCCAUUGAGGAAAAGAUCGACAUCAUAAAUGCAGUGGAAAGUGGCAAGAAAAAAGCAGAAAUCGCAGCUGAAUAUGGAAUAAAGAAAAACUCAUUGUCUUCUAUUAUGAAAAAUAAAGACAAAGUUCUAGAAGCCUUUGAAUCUCUGAGAUUUGAUCCAAAAAGAAAAAGACUGAGAACUGCUUUUUAUACAGAUCUGGAAGAGGCAUUAAUGCGGUGGUAUCGAAUUGCUCAGUGUCUAAAUGUACCAGUUAAUGGUCCAAUGUUGCGUCUAAAAGCUAAUGAUUUUGCCCAGAAACUGGGACACAAUGACUUUAAGUGCAGCAAUGGUUGGCUGGAUCGUUUUAAAUCUAGGUACGGCUUAGUAUUCAGAGCUCAAUCUGCGGAAGCCACAGGUAUACCAGUAGAUCCUUCAACUGUGUGGUCCCAAAAUGUGCUUCCUUAUUAUUUAAAUGAUUAUCAUCCUAAAAAUGUUUUUAAUAUAAAAGAGACGGCACUGCUUUAUAAAAUGUUGCCUACGAAUACAUUUGCAUUUAAAGGAGAAACAUGUUCAAUUGGAAAAUUAUGCAAAGACAGGAUAACUUUGCUUGUUGGUGCAAACAUGGAUGGCUCAGAGAAACUUCCCUUGCUUAUCAUUGGAAAAAACAGAAAUCCACAUUGUUUCAAAGAUAUAAAAUCAUUGCCUGUGUAUUACGAAGCUAACAGAAUGGCAUGGAUGACCUCAGAUAUAUUUGAACAAUGGAUGCAGAAGCUUGAUGAAAAAUUUCAAGCCCAGCAACGAAGAGUGGUGAUUUUUGUUGAUUCUUUUCCUGCACAUCCAGAGGUCAAGAACCUAAAAUCCAUUGAAUUAGCGUUCUUUCCAUCAUUUUUAUCUUCCAAAUUUAUAGCCAUGAAACAAGGUGUUAUUAAAAGCCUGAAAAUCAAGUAUAGAUACAAUCUCAUCAAGAAAUUUUUAAACUCCGUUGAAAGUAGCACAGAGUUUACAUUUUCACUGCUAGAUGCAGUUGACACGUUGCAUCUCUGCUGGAGGAGCGUAACCACAGAGACUAUUGUCAGAAGCUAUGAAGAAGCAGGAUUCAAAUCUCAGAAGGAGGAACAUGACCCAGCAGAUGGACAGAGUACCAGUGGUCUUGAUCUGGUUGCCCACGCACUGGGGACAGGAGUGGAAUUUCCAGAAGGCUUGUCCAUAGAGGAGUAUGCAGCCCUGGAUGAGGACCUGGAAACCUGUGAGGCAGCAGCAGAUGACAACUCAGAAGACACCGAAGAAAGCAAACCAGAUGAGGCUGGAUUUUACACUUCUGACGAGGAGGAGGAGGAGGACGGAGGAGCCCUAGAAACUGCACUGCCUUUACCAUCAAAACAUGAAGCAAUAAUUGCUUUAGACACUCUUAAGAAAUUUCUCAGAAGUCACAAUAUGAAUGAUGAACUUCAGAAUUCAUUAGCAGACCUUGAAAACUUUAUUAACUCUUUAUCUGCGUAAUUAUUUGCUGUUUGACAUCGGAAGAGUAGUUGCGUUUCCAGAUGUUUUUAUUAGGUAUGUAAAGGUGAAAUACUGCCUAAAGAUGUAAAAAAUGAAAAGCUAGUAAUCUUUGGUUUAAUUGCAAAAGCCUUUGGUCUGAAUAGUAAAGGUCCCUGGUAGAUAAUUAAGUAUAAUUAAGUAAAUUCUAUAGCAAGAUGGGGGGAGCAGGAAAUUAUUUUAGACACAUUGUUCCUGACACGUAGAGUAUGUGUCAAAUAUAAAAACUCUUCAACUGUCUGCUUCAAACGGUUGUUUUUUGAAGUUUAAAUCAUAUUGUAGAAUAUGUUAUCUGCUUAGUAUCUAAGAAACAAAGUG